AUGAAGGACUUAGGACAAGCGAAACGAAUUCUAGGGAUGAGAAUCUCUAGGGAUCGAAGGAAUGGAAAAAUUUGGUUGUCUCAAGAAAGGUAUAUUGAAAGAGUUCUUGAGCGGUUCAACGUGAGCAAGGCUAAGGCGGUUAGUACUCUACUUGGAGGACAUUUCAUAUUGAGUUCAAAGCAUUGUCCUACAAGUGAGGAAGAGAAAGAAGCAAUGAAGAAUGUGCCUUAUGCAUCAGCUGUUGGGAGCUUGAUGUCGAAACACAUAGAUGUUCGAUAUCAUUGGAUUCGUGAUGUUUUGGAAGAACAUAUCUUCUGUCGAGAUGAAGCAGGUUUGGUGCUACCCCCCAUAUGA